CUGGUGGCGGUGGGAGGUGUCGGCGCGGGUGUAGGCAGGGGCCGCGUCAUAAGCCCCGCCCAUAUGGUCUUCACGCUGUCCGCCCCGCUCGGCUACUCUGCACUUCCACCCCUAUUUUGUCCAGAUUUUUUUACCUCUCAUUUAGACAGGACUUCUCACACAAGUAGAAGGGAAUUUUAAGGUUCGGUUUUUAUUGAUUUGAAAGAAUAUGGAAGUAGUUGAAAGGAUUGAUGGACCUAAUAGGGGGUAGAGUAGAUUUCUAGUACAUGCUGAUAACCACGCAGAGACCCGGCCCUCGCUCGCACCAUGAGGCGGGACUUCUGACGCCCGCGGAUUAAUUCACUUCACUGCCUCGAAAUCUUCGUCGUUCUGUGUCAUUCAGCACUUCCAAAACCACAGUUCCUCAGUGUCAUCAUACCAACUAACUUAUAUGGCACUGCCAGAUCUAGGGAAGUGAAGUUUCUCCCAUGUCGAUACCGAGGAACAGCAACCGGUGGAUUUUUUGCGGUCAUGUGCGUGUGAAGUUGAUCACAAUCGGCAAGCCCGAAGGUGUGACGUGGGACGCGGAUGCCCCGCCUCCCGAGCUCUGUGAUUGGCUGAGCGGGUGUUGACGGACCAAUCAGUAUUGUUGGCGGGUGUCGACCGCUGGUGUGGCGGUCAUGACUUGGUGGUCGCCAGUGUAGGUGCGAACGCGCGAUAGGAAGGCUGAGGGCCUGUACGUUCCAAGUGUCAGACACCACGCCUCUGCCUCCUACACCUCCUGCCAACCUAUUCACCCGUCUAGGUUUACAAUAAUAUACCCUGGCCCUUAAGUGCAAUCUGGAGGUUGUGAGGAGGUUUUGUAUAGUGACGCGCAAGGAAAAAUAAAAGCACUGGUGAUAUUUUCGUAAAUCGUGGAAAGAAUUAUUGUUUAUUAUCGUGAAUUUUGUUGGUGGCCGAGGAGUACUGUGGUGGUGGACGGAUGUGUUGGUGGAGUGUGGGUGUGCGUGAUGCAGGGGCGGUGAUGGUGUAGUGUGUGAUUGAGGCCCCCCAAGCACCUGCCUCAUGCGCUUCGACAUCUUGCAGGAGCUCGGCCACCUUGUCAACUCCCCGCUCAACGACCUCCCUCCUCUCACCCCUCUGGACGUGAGCAGCAGCAUGGCAUACCACCCGUUCCUCCUCCAAAGACCCACAGAUUUCAGCGUCAACUCCCUCCUUACGCAGUCGCCGUCGUACCUACCGACGCUGGGGCUGCCGGCGGCGGCUGUGGCGGCAGCGGCAGCGGGCUCACCCAACCCCUACAGCCUGCUGCCCAAAUUCCCGGGGCACCUGGGUCACCCCUUCACCGCGGCCGAGGAAGUCAUCUCCCAGUCUCACUUGCGGCCGCUCCGCUCUCUCCUCCCUGAGGAGGACGGCGUGGUGGACGACCCUAAAGUCACACUCGAGUGUAAGGAUCUGUGGGAGAAGUUUCACAAGCUGGGUACCGAGAUGGUCAUCACUAAGUCCGGCAGACGUAUGUUUCCUGCCUACAAAGUUCGGGUCUCAGGGCUUGACAAAAAAGCCAAAUACAUCUUACUUAUGGACAUCGUAGCAGCUGAUGAUUGCCGCUAUAAAUUUCACAACAGCCGGUGGAUGGUUGCGGGAAAGGCUGACCCGGAGAUGCCCAAGAGAAUGUACAUCCACCCUGACAGUCCGGCCACGGGGGAACAGUGGAUGCAGAAAGUCGUCUCUUUUCACAAAUUAAAGCUCACCAACAACAUCUCCGACAAACACGGAUUUGGAGGAGCGGAAGCUAAGGACAUAUCGGGGAUUAGUUCCAUCACGCCCGUCGCCGCCCACAACCCCGCCCCCUUCACGCCACCAAGGGACGAGAACGUCAGUGGACACGGGUUUUUAUGUGCCGUGUCGACGCUGGGUGCCGUGGCAGGUUGGUGA